CUGUGACUACACUUUUUUGUAUAACUGUACUGAGCAAGUGAACAACCAAUACAAACAAAGAAAAUAAACUCUGUAACGAAAACUAUAUAUUUAAAAAACUAACCCAUUUUUUAAAACUGGUAUACUAAAUUAUAAUUUUUAUAUAUAUAUCCAGUUUGCUUAUUGAAUCGUAACCUUUAGUAAUCAAAGAUUACGAAGAAAAAUAAUUCACAAUAUCAUGAACUUUAGCACAACAUUCACAGGCCAGUUUCCCCAAAAUAUCUCGGACGACUUUUCAUGGAGCAAUUUACAGUGCAAUUGGGAUACAUUUUCCUUUGAUGAUGAGCUCUCAUCAAGGAUUAAAUUUUCUAAUGAAAACCUUCAGAAUCUGAGAAUGGAGGCUGAACAAAUCAAUAUUUGUGAAGUGUGUGAAAACAUUAAUACCCUUGACUAUCUAAAAAAUGACUUUGAAACAACAAAGGCACAUAAUCAGCAGCUUUUGUCAAAUGUGAAAGAUGUGAAUAACACAUUCAAAGAAGUGAAGAAAAACAUUGCACUAUUGACAUCAAAAGAGCAGGGUCUUCAAAAGAAUAUCGAUAAUUUGGAAAAAGAAAGUUCACUUCUUGCAACAGAGCACAAGCACAAAAAAAUAGCAUAUCAGAAAGCUCUUCAGAAGUACAGUGCCAAUUUUGAUAUGAAUGUUGAGGUGACAGACAGAUCAGAUAUAUCGGAGGAAGUCAUCAUAAAGUUUGGAUGUCCAAAUUCUCCUCAUUUAAAAUUUGUUGUUGACAAAAAUAAAAGAAAAAUCAUCAAAUUUGAGUCAGGAGGAACCUUAUCCAAAGAGGAAGAAGAGGAAGCGUGUAUGAAGGACUGUGUUCCAGAAACUCUUUGUAAAAUACGAGAAACUAUUUGUAGUAAAAAU